AUGGAAAGCGACUGUUCACGAAAUUCGGAGGAAAAUCUAGCUAUGAUCGAUGGAUCUGAUAUAGAAAGAAGGUUCCUUGAGGAGAAGGCGGAAAUUGUUCGAGGAUUUCUGCAGGAGAGAGAGAUUGUUGAUCGCGCCCACGAAGACGAGAAAAAUGAUAUGCGUUUAGCUUUUGAAGUGGAAAAGGAAAACAUGAGAAAAGCCUUUGAAUGCGAGAAAGAAGAAAUGCGACAGAAUUUCUUAAAAGAGAAAGACAACAUCCGCUUGGAAUUUCAGGAAUCGAGACAUGUUUUGAAGUUGUCUUUCGAAGACGAGAAAUCUGCAUUGAUAAAAUCAUGGGAUCGUGAAAAACAGACUCUUCUUGACAAUUACAUCAAAGAGAAGAAGGAAUUAAGAGCGCAAUUUGAGCGACUUUUAAGGGAGAAAGAGGAGGGAUUUAAAGCCGAAAAGGCUGAAAUGGAAGCGAAGAUUCGCAAAGAGCUUGAGGGAAUCGAGGAAGUAAAAAAUGAGCUGAGGCGGACAUUGUCGCAGGGCUUGGGCGAUCUGGAGAAUGUUUACUUCGAGGAGAACGCGCAUCUCGAGACCCUCUAUAAUCACGAGCAACCAGAGGUUGAUAUGCACUUUAAAAGUAUAUCAGAUGCCGAAAUGAGCCUGGAUAAAGAGGAGCUGUUGAAAUCGCUCAAACAAGAGAAGACCAAAAUGCAUUCUCACUACGCCAAUAAGCACAAGUUAGUUGAGCACCAGUUCGCGUUGGAAAUCAUUGACAUGGAACAGAGGUUCAAACAGCAAAAGAACGAUUUAAUGAACAUUUUUAGAAGAGAAAAGUCGGACAUGGAAAAGGGCUUUAUUAAAGAAAAGGAAGACAUCAGACGUAAGUUCGAGGUGGAAUUUCGCAGAAUGCUUCAACAACAGAGGUUGAAAUUCGAGUCGGAAAUACAAGGUUACGAGCACGACAUCUCUGUUUUGAAAUAUCAAAAAGAACAGCUGGAAAAGUGCUUUUCCUUGGAAAUGCGAACAUUGAAAUUAAAAUUCGACCACGAGAAGCUCGAAAUUGAGAACAGGUUUAAAAACGAGAAGAAGGACCUUAAGAGGGUUUUAAAAGGGCAGUACGAGAGAAAGCUGAGUGGGGAUAAACUCCGGCUUGAAUGGCUACUAGAUCAGUUUCACCUUGGGAGAAGAGCAAGCACCGAUCAAAUGGACUCUAAUGGUUCGGCGCUCAGCACAAGUUCUAUUUAUUCCGAUUAA